CCAUAGGCUAUCAUGUAAACUUGGUGAGUUUUAUUUUGGUAGGCUACAUGUUACAUUAUUUUGGUACACUAUACCAACGUGACCGGAAGUUGAGCAAAAGGCUGUAGUCUAUCAUUGACAGUAAAAGAACAAUCCUUGCCAAGUUCGCCUAAGAUUUACGCUUGCUAACGGAAUGCAUCUUUAGUCUACCAACAAAACGACCACACAAGAAUAUGGUAGCGAACUCACCAUCCCCUCUCCCAGAAAGGGCCAUCUAUGGAUAUGUGCUUUUCUUGGGCUCACAGUUUGGAUUUUUUUUGUAUUUAGUGUGGGCAUACGUUCCAGAAGCUUGGCUCCAUUCAGUUGGAUUAACAUACUGGCCACAGAAGUACUGGGCACUUGCUGUGCCAGUUUAUCUCCUGGUUGGUUUGACAUUCUCUUUAAUCCUUUUGUUUGGGAUCAACAUGAUAAACACAGCUCCACUCUGUUCAGUUGAUAACAUCACAGAUUCCUAUGCCAAAGGUCAACAAAAAGACUGCUGUUCAAGAGGAUCUACACCAAGACUGAAGGAUGUGUCCAUUAGUGAAAUAAACCUGUCAUCCUUCUGCAUCAAGGAAGAUAAGGAGAGAGAUACAUUCAAGAAGUUGAACAUCAGGAAGGCAGCAUGGCCAUGAGAUCAGUCCUGCAAUCCAUUUUGUGGCUCAAUUGGCUGACUUCAAUACUUUACUCUAUAUAGCCAAUCACCU